AUGGUUUGGGAGUUGGGCAAGGACGCGCGAAGUGGCCAUGUCAUUACGUUCAUUAUGUCAGCCGCUCUGUCGAGCGGUAUCCUGGAGAUCCACAAGGCAAAGCGCGAAAAGCUGGCGUGGAAGAAGGUCAAGACAAUCAACGGCAGGGACGUUUCCACUUGGGAAUUCCCUGACAUCCUGGAUAUACUCGGCGACAAGAUCCUAGACAACUCCAGCGGAAAGUUUCAAUCACUCUCUCGAGGCAAGAUGCAAAACUCUCCCGCAGAUCUGCCUGUGAGGAUUGAGUUCGCCAGGCUGUGGCCACAGCAAACAUUGCAGUCAUCGCAGGCUGGAACAAGUGAUUUAGAGGCGGUGAUGCCAACCCAACCGAGAAUUGCUGAGACACCCAAGACAUAUCCGCUUCAAUACAAUCAUGCCGUGGAUGAUAAUUUUGUUUCAUCUACUCUGGAUGCCUUUGCAAAGCAUGCUGGGCAGCCAAUGUUUUCGGUAGAUGAUGCUCUGCAGCUGGUGACAGAUGCCUGCAAGCUCUUUGAGGCUGAAGGGACACUGCAGAGAGUCGACGUAGAGAGCGUGGUUGUGGUGGGUGACCUGCAUGGACAGUUCUAUGACCUGCUCUACAUUUUUGAGACGAUGGGCAUGCCAUCGGAAACAAACCCAUAUUUGUUCAAUGGAGACUUUGUAGACAGGGGAGCUCACUCCAUGGAGGUGCUGUUCACGCUGCUGAUUCUGAAGCUUCGGUUUCCAUCCCACGUUUUCCUGAAUCGAGGAAAUCAUGAAGCUGCUGACCUGAACCUACGCUAUGGAUUUGCAGCUGAGAUUCGUGACCACUAUGGCUUUGAUGGCAGGAUGUUUUUUGAGGCUGUCUCUCAGAUGUUUCGAUGGAUGCCGCUGGCUCAUGUGCUGAAUUCAGAUGUCUUCGUCGUGCAUGGGGGCCUACCAGGACCAGACCCCCGACUGCCCUUCAAUGACGCAGGUGGUGGAGGUACUGGUUAUGAUGCUGUUGGCUUCAGCGGGCGGCGCGGUGGGGGUCAGCACCUGUCCCUUCUGGGGUACAAUCCGGACAACGUGUCUCUGCCUCCGCGCAACACUGAGCUAACGCUUGAAGACAUUGCCAGCUUGCCCCGCGGAGGAGAUCCAGCAACAGACCUGCGAGCCUUGGCUGAGCUGCCCGAGGAGGAGGCCGAGGUGCAACGUUUGAUCGUUGACUUGCUGUGGGCAGAUCCACGAGGCAAGACCGGCUACGGCCCAUCCUACAGAGUCCGUAAAGGCUGUUACAUCUUUGGCCCGAACAUUACAGAGGCCUUCUUGAGAAGAAAUGGUCUCCGGUUGAUGAUUCGGUCGCAUGAGGUCAAGGUACGUGGCUUCGAGUGGACACAUCCUGAUUGUAUAACCGUUUUUUCUGCCCCCAACUAUCUUGGGCACGCUGGCAACAAGGGUGCAGUAAUCAAACUCUCCCCUGAUGAAACUGGAAGACUGGCCCCAUCCUUUGUAUCCUUCGAGGCACACGAUGCUGUGAAUGCCAGGUCUGGCCGUUGA